AUGUUCAAGUGCGACGAGGUUCGUCCGGUCUGUAAGAACUGCCACAGACGGGACGCGGUUUGCGACUAUCUUGACACGUCGCGUACAAGGGGCUGCCCAGCUAAAAACGUCAAAAUUGUGCCAAAACGGCGUGAACUAUCUGUUGAGCCUGAGCCUGUUGUAACUAUGUCACCCGCGAACGAGCUAUGCAAUAUUUUGCAAUUGAGUGAUCUAUUUGCUCAGCGGAUCUCAUUGCCCCCAGGACGCUUACUUGAACUUCAGCUUUGCCAUCACUUCCUACAGAUGACGCAGAUAGCAACCGAGACUCAAGCUGCCUGGUCAUACUGGGUUCUAGAGCAAGCCGCUCAAUCGGCUGGUGUUAUGGACGCGCUUCUUGGGACGUCUGCGUUCCACCUGCAUCGCUUCAGCAAGUUCGACACAAGGCUUCUAAUGGCAGCACAUGAAUACAUGGCCCGUGCAAUAGAGGGCCAUAAGAAAGAUCUGAGUGGAGGUUUGGAUGAAUUAAAUACCUCCAAAGUGGUUGCAACUUGCGCACUCAUCAUUACGCAUGCCAACUCCAACGCAUACCCCCUUAGUGGCGAUAGCGACCAACGUCAACCUCAUGACUGGUUCAUUUCGUUCCGUAGGGCUAUGGGCAUACUCAACAAAGCGUCACCGUUGAUUCAGGACACUGUCGUCGGUCAGGAGUUGAGAACUCUUCACCCAAUUAUUCGUCAGGAUAUUCAUCCAAACCCUUUUAGCUUUCUACUCUACUAUAACCCUCCAUCAAAGUCAUGCAACCAGGAGGAAAUCAGCGUUUGUACUACGGCAGUGGCUCAUCUCUCCUAUAUUUAUGUCGGGUUAAUUACUGAAAAGCCUCUCCGCUUUUCAAUCUGUGUUUCAGAUUCCUUUGUCGCCCUUGUCACAGCAAAGGUUCCUCGGGCCUUGGCUAUCUGUGGAUACUUCUUCAUGGUAGUAAAGCUAGGACGGCAGCUCUGGUGGAUUGAUGGUGCACCAGAACGGGAGUUCGAUAAUAUUAUGAGAUACUUGCCGAGAAACUGGUGGUCAGUUAUGGACUGGGCUAUUCGAAUAUUUGAGUGGAAUGAUCGGAGUACAGCACCGUAG